AAAGUUUGUAGCUACAGGCUGAUACUAAGAAAGAAGAAGAGACGGUCAUUCUGCAUCCCCUCUGCCACACACUUUCUGAUGUUUCAUAACAUUGCUGUAUCAUCUGUAUCACCAUGAAGAUGUUUCCUGUGUGUGUGUUUGUUUGUGCUGUGAUGACUCUGUCCCAUGCUGCUGUUCUCCCUGAAGGAAGGACUGCAACUAAUCAAACAGUCAAAAGGCACCUGGCCAAGAGGUCUACUGAUUGUCCUGGUGGUUGGACUCUGUUGAGUGGUCGCUGCUUCCUCUACGUUCCAGGACCCAUGACAUGGGCUAAAGCAGAGAGAAACUGCUUGUCCAUGGGGGCCAACCUUGCAUCUGUGCACAGCAUCACAGAGUACCAUGGGAUUCAGCACAUGAUAAUGACUGCCACUCAUGGCAACCAAGAAACCUGGAUUGGAGGAAGUGAUGCACAGGAGGAGAAUGCCUGGUUAUGGACUGAUGGAAUGAGUUUCCAAUAUUCAAACUGGUGCCCAGGAGAGCCCAAUAAUUUCAGGCGCAACCAGCACUGUCUGCAAAUUAACCAUAGCGGUUCCAAGUGCUGGGAUGAUGUAGGGUGUCAGGUACAUCGACCUUCUGUUUGUGUUAAGAAAAUGUGAAAUUUCUGUCAAAAUACACACUGUUUGGUGUGCAAUGACUUUUGUUUUUCUUCUUCAUUUGGCUUUACAAUAUUUGUUUCAUCUUUUGUCUGUAGCAUAAAAGUUUUGCAACAAAAUAAAAAGUCUAUGUCAUGAAUAGUAGCACUCCAGUACUCAACCCUAAAUUUUAAACUGUGGAAAAGUAGUUGUGAAUCUUUCAGUAAAAAGUAUUGCUCAUCUUCGCACAUUUUUUCUCUGUAAACUCUUCUUCCUUUGCAAUAAUAAAACUCUUAAGCAGUG